AUGACCGUCGCCGCUAGCACCUCAGCAACUACGCUGGUUCCCCCACCGGCAAUAGCGACACAAGUCCCAGCCGUACCGACAGCGAGCGGAGAUGCGGGGGAGACACAGGCUCACCGGCCGAUGCAAGAGAGGCGACAUUCCGUGGACGGAUUCGCUCUCACUGAUCGAGCGCACGUACACGAACCUAUCGACCCCCGGAUACACGAGCUACCGAGCAACGAAGAGGUCGCUCAGGGGCUAUUUCAUCAUCACCCGCACCAUGCUCGUCACGCUCAUGCCCAUCAUCAGCAUGAGCAGCAAGCGCACGAUCAGGGCAAGAUCCAGGAGGAGCAAGAAGAGACCAAGCGUCCCGAGAGCCGAGCUACGGCUACAGCUGUACCGCCUGCCGUGACAGAAAAAGGUUUGGAGAGCGGCUUGUCCGAUGAGACUGUCGACGAGGAUGUCAUCUAUGUUGAAUACGAGAAAGGCGACCCACGCAAUCCCUUCAACUUUUCCCGUACACGAAAAUGGGCCAUGACAGCCGUGCUCGUCUCCUUCACCGCGCUCACUGCUGCCACCGGAUCUGCCUACGCCAUGGGAUACAACACGAUGGAGCGGGAUCUUGGGUGUUCUCAAGAGCUCGCCGCGCUUGGGUUGAGCAUGUAUGCGCUGGGUUUCGGACUUGCUCCAUUGGUCCUGGCGAGCUUUAGUGAGGAGUUCGGCAGGCUGCCCAUGUACCUUGUCAGCACGGCGAUAUUUGCCCUAUUCUUCAUCCCAAUGGCGGUAGCGAAGAAUAUCCAGACCGUACUGGUAUCCCGCUUCAUCCAGGGUAUGGCAGGAAGUACGGGAAGUACACUGGUUGGUGGUACGCUUGCGGAUAUUUGGGUGACUGCCGAACGGGGUAUCCCGAUGUCGCUCUUUGCUCUCAUGGCAUGUCUCAUGACUGGUCUUGGACCCGUCACGGUCGGGUACGUGGACAUGAAUCCACACCUGGAAUGGAGAUGGAUCCAGUGGCUUGGACUCAUCUUCGGCGGCGCGUGCUUCGCCUUCAUGUGCAUCGUGAUGAAGGAGACCCGUGCCAGCAUCUUGCUCACCCGCGAAGCGGCGAAGCUCCGAAAGGAGACGGGGGACAACCGCUAUCGCGCGCGAGUCGAAGACGAGCGCACGAGCCUCAAGACGCUCAUCUACAUAUCUUUUACUCGACCGCUGUUUCUCCUGAUAACAGAACCGGUCGUCGCGAGCUUUAGCUUAUGGGUUGGUUUCGCAUGGGGCAUGCUCUACUGCCUAUUAGAAUCUGUCCCCUAUGUCUUCCAGACCAUCUACGGCUUCAACACCGGCGAACUCGGCCUCGCGUUCAUCUCAAUGGUUGUAGGAACACUCAUCGGAUGGGCGUUCAACCUUUUCGUCCAGGAACGUCUAUACCGGCGAAAUGUAGGCCGCAUCGGGGCGGAAGCGCGCUUGUAUUCCGCGUGCCUGGCAGGCAUCAUGUUCCCGAUCGGGGCCUUCAUUUAUGCCUGGACUUCGUACCCACAAGUUCACUGGAUCGCACCGGUGAUCGGGGUCACCAUCAUCACCACCGCCGUCUUCCUGGUCUAUCUGGCGGUGUUCAGCUACCUCGCAGAUGCUUAUCUUAUCUUUGCCUCAUCAGCUCUCGCCGGACAGAGCCUGUGCCGAAACUUGGCUGCAACUGCUUUCCCACUGUUCACCUUUUCCAUGUAUGAGCGGCUUACACCGCAGUGGGCAAGCACACUUAUCGCCCUUCUGGCCUCGUUGCUCGGCGUUAUCCCUUUCAUUCUCUUCUUCUGCGGAGCAAAGAUCCGCGAACGUUCGCGCUUUGCGAAGAUGCUCGCCGCCACGAUCGAAAAUAGCUAG